AUGGCGGAUGGAACAAGAGUUUCACAGUUGGCAGAAUCGGUGAAGGCAAAUCAGGAGCAGCUGAAGCAGAUUCAGUGCCAAUUUCAGGAUGUGAACGAGUCUACUUUGGAGUUUCGGAAGGAGGUUCAGAGUUCCCAAUCUCAGAUGGAGUCACGGUUGGAGGCUCGGUUUGCGGAAGAUUUACAGUUGCAGUUCAGAGCAUUCGUGGAGGAAAUCAAGAAAAUGGUAAAGUUUAAAUCCCCUGUUGUUCAUGAUAAUGAAAUGAGUAGAAAUAAUGACGAUUUGUAUAAUCAUGAUAGUUCGGGUAGUGGGAGUAGGAACGCUCAACCCUGUCAGCUACGUUUGGACCUUCCCACUUUUGAUGGUGAGGAUCCAUCCAAUUGGGUGUAUAAGGCCAACCAGUAUUUUGAAUUUUACCAAGUCCCUGAGAAUCGCAAAGUUAAAGUUGCUUCUUUCUAUUUACAAGGAGAUGCUUUAGUUUGGUUUCAAGAUGGGGAGGAUAAUGGUCUUUUUCCUUAUUGGGACGUGUUUGUUAGGGAAUUACAGACUCGUUUUGGUCCCUCAGCUUAUGAUGAUCCAAUGGAGGCUAUGAUGAGGCUUAAGCAGUCUACAACUGUCACAGCUUAUAAAACUCAGUUUGAAUCAUUGUCCAAUCGUUUAAGAGGAGGAGUCUCUUACCAGAAUAAAAUCAGUUGUUUUUUAAGUGGGUUGAAGGAUGAGAUUAGGCUACCGGUUAGAAUGUUGAAUCCUGACAGCCUCAAUACAGCUUUUUCAUUGGCUAAAAUCCAGGAAGAAUUCAUGAAUUCUACCAGGAAACCCUAUAAGAGUGCAAGAAAUUCUUAUGGGUUUAGUAAACAAUCCGAAUGUGGUAAUUCUAGUGGGUCUAGCCCAUUGUUGGCAGGUCAGACUACUUCUUCUAAUUCUGUCCAGCCUAAGUCUUUGCCUACCCAAAGAAUUUCUAGGGCCCAAAUGAGGGAAAGAAGGGAGAAAGGAUUGUGCUAUUAUUGUGAUGAUAAGUAUAGCCAAUCCCAUGUCUGCAAAACCCUUAGAAUUUUCUUAAUUCAAGGAAUGGAGUGGGAACAGGAUAUGGCAGAUAAUUCUGUUUGUAUUGAAGAAGAAGGGAUAGAGGAAUUAGGAGUGAACUUACCAGAAAUUUCUUUACAUACGAUUUCUGGUACUCCAACUCCUCACACAAUGAGAGUAGUAGGUUUCAUUCGGGGGCAAAUGGUAGUCAUUCUAAUUGACUCAGGCAGCACCCACAACUUCUUAGAUCCCUCGAUUAUCAAGAAAACUCAGCUGUCGAUUAUGUCACAUACAAGAAUUACAAUUAAAGUGGCUAAUGGAGAUACAAUUCAGAGUGAGGGGCAGUGUAGUGAUGUUUCUUUGAAGGUUCAGGGGGUCAUCUUAACUACAGAAUUUUAUAUUCUAUCCUUGGGAGGGUUGAAUUCAGCUGGUCUUACAGUGGAGGAUAGUCCUAAAUUCUUUAAAAAUGCUUCUGUUUCAGCUAAGGGGUUAGUCUUGCAGAUGUUACCUCAUUUUCAGGCAUUAUCUUUAACUGAUAUACAUGAGGAUUUACAAGCCUUAAUUACAGAGUUUGGUAUGGUGUUUGAAGAGCCAAAGGGGUUACCACCUCAGAGGUCUCAUGAUCAUCAGAUUUUGCUUAAGGAAGGUACUAAGCCUGUUUGUUUCAGGCCAUAUCGUUAUCCCUAUUACCAGAAAACUGAAAUUGAGAAGAUUGUGAAAGAGUUGCUGCAAACAGGGGUAAUUAGACAUAGCCAAAGUCCUUUUUCGUCCCCAGUUUUGUUGGUAAGAAAAGCGGACGGUAGUUGGCGAAUGUGCAUGGACUAUAGGUCCUUAAAUCAGGAAACUAUUAAAGAUAAGUUUCCUAUACCAGUGAUUGAUGAAUUAUUGGAUGAGUUAUUUGGAGCUAAGGUGUUCUCUAAACUGGACUUAAGGUUCGGUUACCAUCAAAUCAGGGUCAAGACUGAAGAUAUUCCGAAGACGGCUUUUCGGACACACGAGGGUCAUUAUGAAUUCCUUGUGAUGCCCUUUGGCCUUACAAAUGCUCCAUCAACUUUCCAAGGGUUGAUGAAUUCGGUUUUUAGACCAUUUUUGAGGAGAUUUGUUUUGGUUUUUUUUGAUGACAUCUUGGUUUAUAGCCAAGAUAUGGAGACUCAUUUGUUGCAUGUGAGAGAGGUGUUGCAAACCCUUAAACAGCAUCAAUUAUAUGCUAAGCAAUCCAAGUGUAGGUUUGGAGUUGCUGAAAUUGAGUACCUUGGGCAUUUAAUCUCAGAAAAGGGGGUUCGAGCUGAUCCUAUGAAGAUUCAAGCCAUGCUUAACUGGUCUAUUCCUUCAACCAUUAAAUCUUUGAGGGGUUUUGUGGGAUUAACUGGAUAUUACCGCAAGUUUAUUCGGGGGUAUGGAAUGAUAGCAGCUCCUUUAACCCAACUUUUGAAGAAGAAUUCUUUUUAG